AUGUCGUCUAUCGGUACAGGCUACGAUCUCUCCGUCUCCACAUACUCUCCAGAUGGGAGAUUAUUCCAGGUUGAAUAUGCUAACAAGGCUGUCGAAGCUGCCGGAGUCGCAAUAGGCCUCAAAUGCACAGACGGCGUCAUCCUCGCAACCGAGCGUCUCCUCCACUCCAAGCUGCUCGUCAAGGGCGCCAACAGGCGGAUACAAUCAGUAGAUGAUCAUAUUGGCAUGGCAACGGCGGGGUUGUUGGCGGAUGGGAAGCAUCUGGGGAGUAGGGCAAGGGAAGAGGCGGGGAGUUUUAGGGAGAAUUAUAAUGACCCGAUCACGGUUCAGAUCCUCGCCGACCGCCUCUCAGGCUACACCCAAGCCUACACAUGCUACGGCUCCGUCCGCCCAUUCGGCAUCUCCACCCUCGUCGCCGGCGUCGACAAGACCGGACCCCGGCUGUUCUGCAUCGAGCCCAGCGGCGUUCACUACGGGUACCGCGCGACCGCGGCGGGUAAAGGCAAAGCGCUGGCUAAGACGGAGUUGGAGAAGCUCUUGGGGGCGAGGGAGGGGGGAAUCGGGGUCAAAGAGGGGGUGGAUGAGGUGGCGAGAAUUAUUCACCUAGUCCACGACGACAACAAGGACAAGGACUUUGAGCUGGAGAUGACAUGGGUAUGCGAGGCGUCAGGCUGGAAGCACGCUGCGGUACCGCAGGAGCUGCUUGUCGAGGCGGAACGGAAAGCGAGGGCGGCGCUCGAGGAGGGUAUGGAGGAGGACUAG